AUGAUGCCUCCCUCUCUUCAGAUUGACGAGUCCCAGGACCGUAGCACAAACUCGAUUCAUGGCCUCACAGCCAAGUCAGAAGAGAGCGUCAAUAAGUGGUUGAAAUACGUGGUUUUUGAGAGCGCUGAGGGCAGCACCAUCACCGAUGUCGACGGCAAGAAGUACAUCGACUUCAUAGCGCAGUUUGCGGUGAUGAGCUUUGGGCACUCGCACCCAAAGAUCAUCAAGGCCGCUGUUGAUCAGCUGCAGAAGCUGCCAUUAGUCAACACGAGCUAUAUCAACCCGCUCUACGCAGACUUUGCAGAACGUAUAACGAAGAAAUUCAACUAUGACUCCAUCACCUCCAUGUGCACUGGUGCCGAAGCGGUCGAUGGGGCCUGCAAGAUCGCCCGGAAGUGGGCGUAUGUGAAAAAGGGCGUCCCAGCGGACAAGGCUAUCAUUUUGACUGCAGACUCCUGCUACCACGGGAUGACUCUCUCCACUAUGAGCAUGACGGAUAGUAUAUUAGAGAACUUUGGCCGGCACCUGCCGAACGUGGGUCCCUUUGCACCGGAGAGCGGCAAGCUGAUCAAGUUCGGUGAGACCGACGUGCUGAAAGAGACGUUCGAGGCCAGUGGGGACGUCAUUGCUGCUUUUGUCGUCGAGCCGGUGCAAGGCUCGGCUGGAUGUCGCGUGCCCCCAGAGGGAUACUUGAAAACGGUGCAAGAUCUUUGCCACAAGCACAAUGUCCUCUUCAUCUGUGACGAGGUGCAGAGCGGCUACUGUCGGACAGGAACCGAUAUGGCCUACCAGCAGGAGGCUGGCGUGCAGCCAGACUUGAUAACUCUGGGGAAAGCCGUCACAGGAGGCCUUUAUCCAAUGUCGAUAAUCAUGGGAAAGAGCCAUGUCAUGGACACAUUGCGCAAAUAUGAGGUCGGAAGCACAUUUGCGGCAUCGACCGUUGCCUGUGCUGCCGCUCUAGCCGCGCUAGACGUGAUGGAAGAGGAGCAGCUUUCGGAGCGGUCUAAGCGGCUCGGUGUUGUGCUCACAAAGGCUAUUGACGAUGCAAACCUCCCGUACGUGACUUUGCACCAAGGAAGGAACAGGGGCCUCUUUCAGACCCUGACUGUGGACGAAUCGGCGCCCAAUGUGACGGCAAGGCGUAUUGCGGCGCUGUGUGCAUUAAGAGGGAUGCUCUGCGGGUGCAGCUCAAAUCGCCUCCGGUUCAGCCCUCCUCUUGUGAUUUCUGAGACGGAGAUCUUGAAGGGGAAAACAAGUCUCGCCAUCUGA